UUUCCAACCCAUCUCCAUCUAACUGGACUAAAGUGGUGUCUGAUGCUGAGAAGAUCGUAGGAUAUCCAACUUCAUUCAUGAGUUUACGCUGUUUACUCAGUGACGAGCUCAGCAAUGUGGCCAUGCAUGUCAGGAAGCUGGUGGGAACAAAACACCCUCUGCUUAGCACCGCCAGUCAGAGGAACUUGGCUGAGAUCACAGAGCUGAUUCACACGGCCUUCCUGGUGCAUCGUGGGAUUGUGAAUCUUAAGGAGUGGACGAACUCUGAUGGCCCCCUCAAAGACAUGCAGUUUGGGAACAAGAUGGCUGUUCUGAGUGGCGAUUUCCUGUUGGCGAACGCCUGCACGGGAUUGGCCCAGCUCAAUGACACCAAGGUGGUGGAGCUGAUCUCCAGUGCAAUAGGAGAUGUGGUGCAAGGAAUCUAUCACGAGAGCUCCACUUCUGCAGAGGAGGGCAGUCUAACAGUUGCAUCCUGGGAAGACCAGACAUUCCUGUCCCAUGGUGCUUUGCUUGCCAAGAGUUGUCAGGCAGCGAUGAAGCUGGCCAGACAUGGUAAUGAGGCUCAGAAUUUGGCUUUUCAGUACGGAAAACACCUCGCUCUGGGACACAAGCUGAACUCUGAUCUAGAGCCGUUCGUGAAGAGCGGGUCAGAACCGUCUGUGUUUAGUUUGGACUCGGCUCCUGUAGUCUUCCACAGACAGAUCGUUGGACCUGAGCGAUGGCGGCACCAGCUAAAACAGGUUCAGAAUAUGGCUAGACAGAUUGAUUACACAAAGCUCCGGGGCCUGAUAAAGACGGAAAGAGGCGUGAGCCAGGCACUUGACCUGUGCAGUUACCACGGCAACAAGGCCUUAGAGGCCAUGAAGUGCUUCCCACCUUCAGAAGCUCGGUCGGCACUGGAAAACAUGGCAUGCACGGUCACCAAGUUCUGAAGAUGGUUUCAAUCUGGAUGUAUAUAUGAAUCCAGUUUCGUUUGAUGCAGUUGAUUAAUGCUGGAGGUUGAUCAUGAUUUUUUUGGGUGCUGUUUUAAGAGGACUUGCUUUGGAGUGUUUGCGGUCCCCACCUGCUCUACAGAUGAUGAUUUUUAUGUGGAACUGAUUGUGUCGCACACAGUCGAGUUUACCGAACUCAUACACACUUUAUGCAUUUAGCCAACAAAUCAGCUUUAUCUUUUAAAAUAAAAUGAGAUGUCUUUUUGAAAAAAA